AUGAAAGAAGAAUAUUAUGAAUUUAAUCCAAAAAAUAAAAAAUCUUUCAAACACCCAAAAGGUAUUGGUUCUUCUUCUUCUUCGAGUGGGUCGGCGGCAAGUGCUUGGUGGGGAAUGGAAAGGAAGGUUGAAUUAAAUGAAAGUGAUCUGAUUCUUUUUGAAAGUUGGAUAGUUCCAUUGAUAAAUGAAAUGAUGUGGAAUGAAUUCAGGGCAACCAAGGGAAGUUGGGAAGCUGAGGUAGUUUUUAAUUAUCAUUAA